AUGAAAAGUGUGGAACAGUUAUUUCCUCAAUUUGAGGUUGUCAAUAUCCUGAAAUAAAACUAAUAUAAGAAGUCUGUCAUAGUAAAAAGAAGUGGUUAUUAUUACAUGUUGAGAAUAUUCGCAUUGGAUGGCAUUCCAAAGGAAAGAGUGCAAAGUAUCAUUAAAAUACUCUCUAAGCUAUCUAGCCAAAAAAACCCAUAUAUUAUUAAGUUUUACGAAGCAUCCCUUGAUUAAGAUAUGACAUAUUUGGGGUAUGGGCAUAUAUUUCAUCAUUAGAAUAGUGAGUGAUUAUUUAGAUAAAUAGUAUGAAUAUCCAAUGCAGGAACAAGUCAUUUGGAAGGUGAUUUAAGAUGUAUCGCUUAAGAGUUAUUCAUUUAGAUUUCUCAAGCAUUAUAAUUGUUUCAUCCUAAGAGAAUUCAUGGGAAAUUGCAAUUAUCGAAUCUGUUCUAAAGUUAAACAAAUGCUGUUUUGGGAGAGAUGAAUAUACUUUUUUAUUUACACAAACAAAAUUAUACUGAUACAUAUUUAUUGGCUCCCGAAUUCAUCAGAACAUAAACCUAUGAUUAUAAGUCUGAUAUUUGGAUGAUGGGAUAUAUGCUAUAUUAGAUGAUGUUCAAGGAUCCCUUAUUAGUAGCCAACAAUGUGGAUGCUUUACAAAAGAAAGUUCUUAAAGGAAUCCACAUAACAUACAACCCUAACUACAGUCUCAAUUUAAAUAAUUUGUUGAAGUUGAUGCUGUGUUACGAUCCUGAACUCAGACCCAAUGCAGAACAAAUCUCUAGUUAUUGUUAAUAAGCCUAAGCCUCCUAAGAAGAAAUCAAUUUGAAUAGAAUUCUACCAAAAUUUAAGACAGAUAAAUUGGUACUCUACAAAAAGAGGAUUGAUAAAAGACACAAGCCAAUUUAGAACAUCGUGUAUUUGAGUCAAGACCAUUACAAAUAGCCUUAUUUCCCUCCUUCUAAAGUGAAGAAGUAGAACCAGCAAUCUAAAUCCAAAUAACUUACAUCAGCCUCAGAUUUACAAUAUGCACAAAAAACAAUGUAUUCAUUGUCAUUGCCAAAAGUCUUGAAUUAUCAAUUCAGCAGACUCAAUAUUAAGGACAAUCUUGAUAUGUAUUUAAAAAUGAGUAUCUAGGCUAUAAACCAAAUCUCACAUUUAGUCACAAACAAUUGAGAAUCUCAUUAGAAUCUAAAAAAGCAUUGGACAAACAACACAAAGGAAGACUCAUAAUUAACUCGUACUUUUUCAAUAGAAACUAUGA